UCCGACGAGGUUCAGCAGCAAGUCAUCUAGCUCAGACAGCUAACGUUAGCCUUCUCAGGUCGUCAUUUGAUAUGAUAAUAUAAUUGAAGCUGUGGUCAUGGCGGGUUCCGUGUCUAACUUAGAAGUCUGCGAUUUUGCUUAUUCUGGAAAAUUUGAUGAAUUAAAAAAAUGCAUUUUUUCCGAUAAAUCUUUGGCCACUAAAACGGAUCAGGACCAGAGAACAGCUCUACAUUGGGCCUGUUCUGCUGGCCACACAGACAUUGUAUCAUUUCUGUUGGACCUUGGUGUCGAAGUGAACAUAAAUGAUGAUGCUUGCUGGACUCCCCUUCAUAUUGCAGCUUCAGCUGGCAGAGAAGAAAUUGUGCGAUCCCUGAUAUCCAAAGGGGCUCAACUAAAUUGUGUCAACCAGAAUGGCUGUACACCUCUGCAUUAUGCAGCAUCAAAGAAUAGAUUUGAAAUAGCUCGCAUAUUGCUGGAAAAUGGUGCAGAUCCCAAUGUCACAGAUAAACUGGAAUCCACUCCAUUACACAGAGCUUCAGCUAAAGGAAACUAUCGCCUGAUUCAGCUUCUAUUGGCACAAAGUGCUUCAACAAAUAUCCAAGAUUCUGAAGGAAACACUGCCUUGCACUUGGCUUGUGAUGAAGAAAGAGUAGAGGCUGCAAAACUGCUUGUGGAACAUGGAGCCAGUAUUUACAUUGAGAAUAAGGACGAGAAGACCCCUCUGCAAGUUGCUAAAGGAGGCCUGGGAGCACUGCUUAAGAGGAUUGUUGAGGGUUGACUUUAUCCUAACCAUCUGUGGAAGAACUCUGGCACUAACCUGUAAGAAUAUACAGCUAUAUCUUGAGCUGUCGCAAUUUCAGAGGAAUGAAAUAGCCUCUUGUACGAUGCCAUAGGAGUGUGAAACAGACAAGCAAAAAACAUACUCCUAAUUCUGCAACUUGAACCACAUAAAGAUGUCCACCAUCUAGUGUGUUAAUUCCAGUUUUUCUGUUUGUUUUGUUGGAAAAGGUCCAAUAUAAGAGCUUGCACUUACUUUGAGCAGAGUGUACUUCAGAUUCAAUCAGAUUAUUAAUUUGGGAUUUGUGCAUUGCAUAACUGUUUAGUAUUUGUUUGUUGUUAAUACUAUAGGUCUGGUUACAACCUAGCUGUUGGCUCUUGGCUUUUCACACUGAUAUGAAGUAUGUGUGUGCACUUUGUAUGUAAAUGUUUUACUUGCUUUGACCAAAAUGUACAUACAAAUAAAAUUUGAAAUAGA